GAAACACCAAAGGUUUCGAGCUGCAGGAUGUUUUCUGAGGUAAAGUGAUUAUUCAAAUGUAUUUUCUUCUAAAAAUAGAAUUACUUCAACCUGGUAGAACACAAAAACCAAAAUGUCUUGGUCUAAUUCUAAAUGCAAAAUUGUCUUUGGAGCAAAUUAAAUGUAAGUGUCUAGUUAGGUUUUAGUUUUCAGCACUAAAGACAGAUUUAGACAAAACUUCCAGCUGACCGUUCAAGAUAUGUCGAUGGCACAGAGAACAGACUCCUGUGGGACGACCGGAGAAAGGAGUCAAACAAAUCAGGUGUCAUUUACUCCUGAAUUCACCAAGAUGCUGACAAAAAGCAGUCCGCACUUUGGUGCUUUGAGUCAUCACUCAUUCUUCUCCCGGCACAACCCUCAUCCACACAGGGUCAGACAUAUUCAAGGACUCAAUGGUAGACCUGUUUGCAUGGUGAGAGAUGAUUGGUUUGUCACCUCAUCAUUAUUUCCUCAUCCACUUCUCAAAAGCCACGUCUUCAAGAAAGCCACUGGUCCAUCACUUGAUUUUCCACUCGCACACAACCUUAAUGUAGUCAGUAGUAACAAAAUCAAAUCAGCACAAUUUUCAGAGGCCUGGAGGGAUGAACUUAAAGACCUUGCUGCAAAAGUCAGCUUGUCUUCCGAAGCGGGAAAAGACAAAAAACCGGAGGAAGAAUUUGUCCGCCGAAAGACCCAAUAUUCAGCUGAAACCGGGAGAAUUGUCCCUCCAUCCACUAACUCUUACCAACGCAGAACCCAUUCCCAGCGCAUGAUGUAUCCUCAGCCUCUCCAUGAUCAAGAACUCAUGGUGUUUGAGCUGCUCUGUCAGAUCCUGCAGACAGACUCCCUGUCCACGGUCCAGCAGUGGCUUCUGCUUGCAGGACAAAGAGAGAAGGACCUGGUGAUGGGGAUGAUCAGGCAGGCUCUGGACGGAGUCGACCUCUCGGCCCACCCACAAAGGAGCUUCCAGCAGCUCCAGGCUUUUCAUCCUGGUGCAUCUCCGGUGGUGUACGGUCCAUCGUGUGAUCAGUCGUGGAGAAAACCUCAGAGAACGAGCUCAUACAGAAGGAACCAAACCUUCAGCGUGGAGAAACCAGAGAGGAUUGGAGAAGCAGAGGUCCUUGAAGUCCACGCUGAAACUCAAAAUAAUCUUCAAGAUCCUCCACUUGAGCACACAGGGAGUGUUUAGUUUCCUGAUUUUCACCGUACUGAUAACUUAAUUCUGGUUUCCUUAUAAUGAGUAUUGUUUGGUUUCUUUGUUUUUAUGUUUAUGGAAAAAUAUAUAAUAGGCUCUCAUUUUUCAUUUUUGCUUUGUUACUUGAAACCAUGGACAAUGUAAUGAGUUCUCCAGAUGUAUUUUGUAAUUUAAUUAUACAACAUACUGUACAAUAGGAAGGAUAGUGUAACAUAGUACUGUGGAGGAUGUUUCAUAAUUGUAUCAUCAUCUGGUAAUACUGAGAAUAAUUUUCAAGAUCAUCCACUUCUGAACGCAGUAUAGUUUUUGUUUUCUCAAUCUUUUAUUGUAGUGUUCUGUAUUAUGGUUUCAUUAUUAUGAGAAUUGAGUGGUUAGCUUGUUUAGUGUUAUCUUGGUGAAUUAUGUUUUCCUUUGCGUAUUUGUUUUUGUUUUGCUGAUGUUUCUCAGAAUGCGAGCUGCUUUAUUGAGAAGUUUCAGACUUAUUUUACAAAUGAAUAACGAAUAUACUGUACGAUAGGGGAGAUAGUAUUACAUAAUGCUGUAGGUUUGAUUUGUUUUAAUUAUAUAUCAGUUGUCAGGUGGAUCAAGUGUAACCUGUUCAGUGUAGGGAUAUAAAACUUGAACGUUGAUAGUAAGUAUAUUCCUGGCUUUAAGUGUGAAAAAAGGAACACAAUACACACAUCGUUUCACCUUGGUCAGAGAAAGUCCUCUAAGUUCCUAAAAUGCAACAUACUUAGUGUGAGAGAAUAUUUUAAUCCGAUCUCUUUGUGUCUUGAGUUUCUCAGCGUUUCUGAGAAACUGUUGAUCACAAAGAUGUACUUUUCGUUAAGUCGCAUAUACUCCAGCUUGGAAUAUGAGGAGGACAAAGGUCAAGAGGUCCUCUGACUUCCUGGGGGUGAGGGGUUUGGGCACAUGAGGAGUUGCAAUACAAAGGUGCCUUUGUUCCGAUGUCUGGUAAUGAUUAUGGUAGGAAAGGCGGGAAUAUAGGUCCCUCCUCUUUUCUCUGUAUAGAUCUGUGUUUCUGCCUUUGUCUUCAGAGUUCGCUAGGUGGUUUCACAUGUAAACUGUGAUAUACUUUGUGAUCUCUCCGGCCGUAUACUCUCAAUAAAUAACAGUGUUUGACUAAA